AUCUAUACAUAUAGCACCAUGACGGAAGGUAGGUUAGUCUUUAAAACUAUCAACUUCCAUUCCUCGGUGUAAAAUGUGAUUACAUCUUCCAUUCACAAAUACGUAAGUCGGUCACGGGACUGAUUGUUAAUCUAAAUGUUGAUUGUAGACGUACGUUCUACUUCGGUACCUUACGGGAGCAGAGCUGACUUCUUAAAAUGGAUUGCUCUGUCUAAAAUGGCUCCUGUAGGAUUUACAAGCUAAAAGCAUGCCAGGGGUUUAGUGUCCUGACAUCUGUUCAAUUAGCCAUCUUCACAAUCCAAGGCUAAGAAGACACUAAGCUAGUGCCUUCUGUCAAACCUCAAGAAGGUUGGCCAGGAUUUUUUAAGCUCUCAAGGAUGCAUCAGUGUUCAUAGAGAGUCCACAGAAUGAACCAUUGGUCAUGUCUUUUAUGACUAAAAAUCUUUAAAUAUGCAUUGUUAGGAAGAAAAAAACAUAAAAAAUGGGAGAGCUGAAGAAAGAAGAUGUUGAGAAAUAUCUGGAAAACAACCCUCAAUUCGCCAAGGAUUAUUUUGACAGAAAAUUGAGAGGCGAGGCUGUUGUAGCCCUGUUCAACAACAAGCAGCUGAACUUAAAAGAUGGGGUGUCAUUUCAUGACCUAACAAAACUGGAAGAAGCUGACAUCUUGUUGGAAUUGGUGCGGGAGAUUCAAGAUGCCAAUGACAUGGAGAAGACUAUUCAUAAAGUCCUUCAAAGACUGGCAUACUUUCUUCAAGCCAGUUAUUGUAGCUUGUUUCUCUAUAGAUCCCGGAACGGAGUCCCAGAGCUGGCCACCAGGCUCUUCAAUGUCACCAAGGACUCAAAAUUCGAAGACAACCUUGUUCAGCCUGAAAGUGAAAUAGUUUUCCCUUUAGAUAUUGGUAUUGUGGGGUGGGUGGCUCAUACAAAGAAGACUUUCAAUGUCCCUGACGUAAAAAAGAACACCCACUUCUCGGACUUUUCAGACAAGCAGACUGGCUACACUACGAACAAUCUAUUGGCUACACCCAUCAUGUAUGGAAAGGAGGUCCUAGCCGUCAUAAUGGCCAUUAACAAACAGAAUGCCCCAGCUUUUACUAAGGAAGAUGAAGCGGUCUUCACCAAAUAUCUAGACUUUAUAUCCAUGGCUCUUAAACAGAAUCAUAUAAACUACCUUCAUAAUGUUGAAUCCAGAAAAAGUCAGAUCCUCCUUUGGUGCGCCAACAAAGUGUUUGAGGAACUUACAGACAUUGAACGCCAGUUUCACAAGGCUCUCUACACUGUCAGGAUAUAUCUGAACUGUGAACGGUACUCUGUGGCAUUGCUGGACAUGACAAAAGAAAAGGAGUUCUACGAACAAUGGCCAAUCCUACUGGGAGAAGUACCACCUUAUAAAGGACCAAAGACCCCCGAUGGAAGGGAAGUUAAUUUUUACAAGAUUAUUGAUUAUCUUUUACAUGGAAAAGAAGAAAUCAAAGUCAUCCCUACUCCCCCCGAGGAUCAUUGGUCUCUUGUGAGUGGACUGCCCAGCUAUGUAGCUGAAAAUGGAUUUAUUUGCAACAUGAUGAAUGCAGCGGCAGAUGAUUACUUUAAAUUUCAGAAAGAGCCGGUGGAUGAGACGGGGUGGUGUAUUAAAAAUGUCUUAUCCCUGCCCAUCGUGAACAAAAAGGAGGAGAUUGUGGGUGUAGCGACAUUUUACAACAGGAAGGAUGGGAAACCAUUCGAUGAGUAUGACGAGCAAAUCACUGAAACCCUGACCCAGUUUCUGGGAUGGUCAGUUCUGAAUACUGAUACCUAUGACAGAAUUAAUAAACUAGAAAACAGAAAAGACAUUGCCCAGGAGAUGCUAAUGUACCAAAUGAAGUGCACGCCUCUAGAACUUCAGAGUAUUCUGAAAACUAAAGAAAAGUUACAGAAGGACGUGGAUGACUGUGAGCCGAAAGAGCUUGUGAAGAUAUUGAAAGAAGAGCUGCCAGACCCAGCGGCGCUGGAACUAUAUGAAUUCCACUUUAGUGACCUGCCGGUGUCCGAGCACGAGCUCAUCAAGAGCGGCAUAAGACUGUUUGUAGAAUUGAACGCAGUGGAUAAAUUUAAGGUGCCUGCUGAGGUCAUGACAAAAUGGAUGUAUACUGUGCGAAAAGGCUACCGGGACAUAACGUAUCACAACUGGCGGCAUGGAUUUAAUGUGGGACAGACAAUGUUCACCUUGCUUAUGACAGGUAAACUCAAGAAAUAUUAUUCUGAUUUGGAGGCCUUUGCCAUGGUGGCUGCGGCAUUCUGCCAUGAUAUUGACCAUAGGGGAACCAAUAAUUUGUACCAAAUGAAAUCUCAGGCUCCCCUUGCACGGCUUCACGGGUCCUCUAUCUUGGAAAGACAUCACUUAGAAUUUAGUAAAACCCUGCUGGAAGAUGAGAGUUUAAACAUUUUCCAGAAUCUAAACAAGAGACAGUUCGAGAAUGUGAUUCAUUUGUUUGAAGUCGCAAUCAUAGCAACCGACCUGGCUUUGUAUUUCAAGAAAAGGACUAUGUUUCAGAAGAUAGUAGACGCGACGGAACAAAUGCAGUCAGAGGAUGAAAGGAUUAAAUAUAUUAUCUCCGACCCAACAAAAAAGGAGAUAAUCAUGGCCAUGAUGAUGACAGGAUGUGACUUGUCUGCCAUUACCAAGCCUUGGGAAGUACAAAGUAAAGUCGCCCUUAUGGUUGCUAAUGAGUUCUGGGAACAAGGAGACCUGGAGAGAACAGUUCUUCAGCAGCAGCCUAUCCCAAUGAUGGACAGGAACAAAGCCGAGGAGUUGCCCAAGCUUCAAGUUGGUUUCAUUGACUUUGUAUGUACAUUUGUGUAUAAGGAAUUUUCACGGUUUCAUAAAGAAAUCACACCCAUGUAUGAUGGACUUCAAAAUAACAGAGUUCAGUGGAAAACACAAGCCGAUGCUUACGAUGAAAAGAUGAAGGCUUUAGAAGAACAGAAGAAACCAGAAAAUGAUGUGGGGGGAAAGAAAGAUCAAGUUAAUGGCGAAGACAAUGGACCGCAAAACAAAUCAAAAACAUGUACAGUUUUGUAGAAAAAGAACCACGAGUGACUGAGUGAAUCACAAAUUUGUCCCCAGGUGGGAAGGGGAUCGGGAACUAGAAUUUAGUAUAGUUGAGAGAAAUCUAUUUUUUAUGUAUUGGGUGUCAACAGCUGAUAAAAUACUGACCUGAGAAGAGUUCACUGAAGUUCUGAUCUUGGGAGGUUAAAUAAUAACAAUUUCAUAAUAUAUAGACAAGAAAAAUGCCAUUGCAGUCAUUGCCUAUAAGCAUAAAGGAUGUUAUAUAUACAUACAGGUUACUUACUGGCUAAAUGGUCAUGUUUAUUUCGACUGAGAAGUGGCUGUGUAUGUUAUUAGGCUGGCAGGAAUGCUGUACAAGAACAAGGGGUGAGCUGCAGCACCUGAUGCGUAUGCUACUGUACAACAGGCACAGGUACAAGGGGUGAGCUGCAGCUCCUGAUACAUAUGCUACUGUACAACAGGCACAGGUACAAGGGGUGAGCUGCAACUCCUGAUGCGUAUGCUACUGUACAACAGGCACAGGUACAAGGGGUGAGCUGCAGCUCCUGAUGCGUAUGCUACUGUACAACAGGCACAGGUACAAGGGGUGAGCUGCAGCUCCUGAUACGUAUGCUACUGUACAACAGGCACAGGUACAAGGGGUGAGCUGCAGCUCCUGAUGCGUAUGCUACUGUACAACAGGCACAGGUACAAGGGGUGUGCUGUAGCUCCCAAUGAGUAAGAUCUGAAAAGAUUAAAGGUGUUGCCAAGAUAGGAAAAAAUACCAUGUUUUUAAGACCCAAGAACAAGUGUGGCACUGUUUGUGGGACAAAAAGAUUGUUCUAUCUGCUAAUGCAGAACCCCCUUAAAAGCUAUGUACACCUUUGCACUGUUUUAUUUUCUAUUUAUUUCUCAAAUGCAAACUUUCUAAAUAGUCUUUAUUAAAAAUAUUCUACCAUUAAAGAGCUUAUCAAAGAUUAUAAACAAAGCUUAUUAACACACAAAAAAAAAGAAAAAACAGCACCACUCCUCUGUGUGGUAUCACAGAUGAGUUUUUACUGAAGUGAAUGGAGCAAAGUUGAAAUAUCACACACAACCUGAAGACAGGAAUAUAGCUUUUUUUGGGGAAGAAACUAGUAUUCUAUUCCUGGAUAACCCCUUUCAAGGGAUUCUCCGGUGCUUACACAUCUU